AUAGGAGCCAUUGUGGUGGUGGUCCUGGCCCUUAUCCUCUGUAUGGGAUUCUGCAUCUAUAAGAAGUGCAUCAGUAAGGGGAAGAAACCCAAGAAGGUCCGCGAGAGGAAGGGAGGACGAGGGAGGAGGAAGAAGGACAAAGAUGGAGAGGACGGUGGCGACAAGAAGGAUGGAGAGGAUGGGAAGGAUGACGAGGAGAAGGAGGCCCUCGGAAAACUGGAGUACUCACUGGACUACAACUUUACUGAUAAUACGCUGAUCGUGGGCAUCCUUCAGGCUCAGGAUCUGCCAGCCAUGGACGUCGGAGGAAGUUCAGAUCCGUACGUUAAAGUCUACAUGCUGCCGGACAAGAAGAAGAAGUUUGAGACCAAAGUCCAGCGCAAGAACCUCUGCCCCGUCUUCAAUGAGACCUUCACCUUUAAGAUCCCCUACAGUGAUCUGGGGGGUCAGUUUCUGGUGCUGCAGGUGUUUGACUUUGAUCGUUUCGGUAAGCACGAUGUAAUCGGAGAGAUAAAGAUCGCCAUGAACAGCAUCGACCUCGCUCAGCCCAUACAGGAGUGGAAGGACCUGGUGGGAGGAGAGAAGGAGGAGAUAGAGAAGUUGGGAGAUAUCUGCAUUUCCCUUCGUUACGUCCCCACGGCCGGGAAGUUCACGAUUAACAUCAUGGAGGCCAAGAACCUGAAGAAGAUGGACGUCGGAGGACUUUCAGAUCCCUUUGUGAAGGUGGUUCUUCAGCACAAUGGAAAGAGACUGAAGAAGAAGAAGACGUCGGUCAAACAGAACACUCUGAAUCCGUAUUUCAACGAGAGUUUCAGCUUCGAGAUCCCCUUCUCUCAGAUCCAGAAAGUGCAGGUGGUGAUCACCGUGUAUGAUUACGAUAAGUUGGGCAGUAACGACGCCAUCGGGAAGUGUUGGAUGGGCUACGGAGCGUCGGGCAUCGGGAUCAAGCAUUGGUCGGAAAUGUUGGCCAAUCCCAGGCGUCCGGUGGCCCAGUGGCACUCGCUGUGCCCGGAGGAGGAGGUGGACGCCGCUCUGAAGGCGCCCAUCCGCUAA